GCGGUUCGCGCGCCCUAAGGAGUGGCACUUUUUAAAAGUGCAGCCAGAGACCAGCCUACAGCUGCCUGCAUCUGUGUCCAGCGCCGGGUCCCGCCCGUCACAGCUGCGCGCGCCCCCCAGUCCCGCACCCGUUCGGCCCAGGCUAAGUUAGCCCUCACCAUGCCGGUCAAAGGAGGCACCAAGUGCAUCAAAUACCUGCUGUUCGGAUUUAACUUCAUCUUCUGGCCCAAGCCCCUCCGAGUGCCAGAGGGGAAGGCAGGGAGAAGCGGAGCACCCCUCUUUGGGCCAGGGCCAAGGCCAAGGAGGACUGUGCUUGCCGGGAUUGCUGUCCUUGCCAUUGGACUAUGGCUCCGAUUCGACUCUCAGACCAAGAGCAUCUUCGAGCAAGAAACGAAUAAUAAUAAUUCCAGCUUCUACACAGGAGUCUAUAUUCUGAUCGGAGCCGGCGCCCUCAUGAUGCUGGUGGGCUUCCUGGGCUGCUGCGGGGCUGUGCAGGAGUCCCAGUGCAUGCUGGGACUGUUCUUCGGCUUCCUCUUGGUGAUAUUCGCCAUUGAAAUAGCUGCGGCCAUCUGGGGAUAUUCCCACAAGGAUGAGGUGAUUAAGGAAGUCCAGGAGUUUUACAAGGACACCUACAACAAGCUGAAAACCAAGGAUGAGCCCCAGCGGGAAACGCUGAAAGCCAUCCACUAUGCGUUGAACUGCUGUGGUUUGGCUGGGGGCGUGGAACAGUUUAUCUCGGACAUCUGCCCCAAGAAGGACGUACUCGAAACCUUCACCGUGAAGUCCUGUCCUGAUGCCAUCAAAGAGGUCUUCGACAAUAAAUUCCACAUCAUUGGCGCAGUGGGCAUCGGCAUUGCCGUGGUCAUGAUAUUCGGCAUGAUCUUCAGUAUGAUCUUGUGCUGUGCUAUCCGCAGGAACCGCGAGAUGGUCUAGAGUCAGCUUACAUCCCUGAGCAGGAAUGUUUACCCAUGAAGAUUGGUGGGAUUUUGUUUGUUUUGUUUUGUUUCUUGUUUGUUUUUUUGCCACUAACUUUAGUAUUCAUUCUGCACUGCUAGAUAAAAGCUGAAGUUAUUUUAUGUUUGUCUUUUAAUGCUUCAUUCAAUAUUGACAUUUGUAGUUGAGCGGGGGGGUUUGGUUUGCUUUGGUUUAUAUUUUUUCAGUUGUUUGUUUUUGCUUCUUAUAUUAAGCAGAAAUCCUGCAAUGAAAGGUACUAUAUUUGCUAGACUCUAGACAAGAUAUUGUACAUAAAAGAAUUUUUUUGUCUUUAAAUAGAUACAAAUGUCUAUCAACUUUAAUCAAGUUGUAACUUAUAUUGAAGACAAUUUGAUACAUAAUAAAAAAUUAUGACAAUGUC